AUGUCUUUACUCAAUUCUUUAUACUCACUGGUCCACCCAGGUCAGGAAAGAUCCAUAUCUUUCCUAUCCCACAAUAACACCCCAGUUAACAAUUUCUGUUCAAUAAUCCCAAUAGUGCAACCAUCUUUAAUUUCCACAUCAUUUGGUCAAUCCAUUAUAACUUUAUCAAUCUUGUUAUUAUACUUGUCACUAUAUUUAUCAUAUGCCAAUACCCAUAAAGGUGUGGAGUUUAGAAUCUUGACAAGUUUGAUAUUGGGGAAUUUAGUAUUCACUAUACUAAGUUUUAAUGAUUGGUUUAAUCAAUUUUAUUCAAUUGUUUUCUGUAAUGAUUACAAGAAUGGUGUUUUAAAUUUAUAUCAAGUUAGUGAAUUGAUUGAAACUUAUAAAUUGGGCAAUUUGAUUAAAUUUAUUGGUUUAUAA